AUGGCGUUACAGGAGGUUUGUGGCUUCAACGACGUCUCUUAUCUCUACCCUGAAUGGAAUAUUCCAUCUGCAGCCUCUUUGGAAGACAACAGCUUAUUCCACAAAGGAAAGAACACAGACAUUGGAGGUUUCUAUUCUGGCAGCAGUGGGAUUCCUCUGGAGCUUUAUGUGCCAGUGGCUGAAUACCUCAAGGAGAGCCCACUACAGUUUGGCCAAGCAAGGCCAAAUGUUACGCCCCAGCCUUCUGCCCGACCUGAGCACAGUUCUUCACCCAUACUUCCUUUCCCUACCCCCAUUCCCUUAUCCAACUCAUCUUUGUCUGUUCCGCUCCCUUUCCAGCUGUCUCAUGGCACCACCACCCUGGCCUUCCAGUUCCAGGGGGGCGUCAUCGCUGCAGCAGACACGCGUUCCAGUUGCUCUGGCCUCGUGGCAUGCCCAUCCGCGCAAAAGAUUCUACCCAUCCACUCCCACCUCGUGGGCACCACCUCGGGCACUUCGGCUGACUGUGCCCUGUGGAAGCGCAUCCUCGCCCGCGAGCUGCGGCUCUACCAGCUGCGCCAUCGUCGGAGACUGUCCACAGGCGGCGCUGCCAAACUUCUGUCUCACAUGCUGCACCCAUUCAAGGGCACAGAGCUGUGUGUGGCAGCAACUCUCUGUGGUUGGGAUUGUGGGAACAAGACAGAUGAGGAUUGUACAGUAUUCUGCCAGCCAGUGGAAAAUAAUCAGCAAGAAACAAUGGAAGUAAAUGCUGUAAACCUGCAGCAGAAGCUGUCUGGUCCCAGAUUGUUUUAUGUAUGCAGUGAUGGCACUCGCCUACAGGGAGAGCUGUUUUCUGUGGGAUCUGGCUCACCUUAUGCCUACUCGAUCCUGGACAGGGAUGUGUGUUGGGAGAUGAGCGUGGAUGAGGCAGUGGCUCUGGCAAGAGAGGCAGUGUACAGGGCCACACACAGAGAUGCCUACUCGGGCAACAAUGUCGACCUCUAUCAUGUCACUGCCAGGGGCUGGAAACGCAGAGACAGGGAGGAGUUGAAGGAGGAAUAUUAUAGGGAAAAGGCCCGUGAGAGAGAGGAGGUGGCUGAGAGGAUAAGAAAAAGGGAGGAAGCAGAUGGAAGCUCAUAG